AUGUCAUACGAUAACUUGGGUCUAAUACAAAGUCAGCUGGGUGAUCUAACGCAGGCAAAAGAUUGUGACCAGCGUGCCCUAGAAAUUCGCUUGAAAGUGCUGGGUCCUCAGCAUGUUGAUGUUGCAACGUCGUACGAUAACUUGGGUCUUGUACACCGUCAGCUAGGUGACCUAAAGCAGACAAAAGAUUUUCACGAGCGUGCCCCAGAUAUUCGCUUGAAAAGGCUAGAAGCUCAGCAUGUUGAUGUUGCAACGUCGUACGAUAACCUGGGUCUUGUACACCGUCAGCUGGGUGAUCUAAAGGAGGCAAAAGAUUGUUACGAGCAUGCUUUAGAUAUUAGUUCGAAAGAGCUUCGACCACACCAUGUUGGUGUCGCAACGUCAUACGAUAACUUGGGUCUAGUACAAAGUCAGCUGGGUGAUCUAACGCAGGCAAAAGAUUGUGACCAGCGUGCCCUAGAAAUUCGUUUGAAAGUACUGGGUCCUCAGCAUGUUGAUCUCGCAAUGUCAUACGAUAACUUGGGUCUUGUACAGCGUCAGCUAGGUGAGCUAAAGCAGGCAGAUGAUUGUCAUAAGUGUGCCCUAGAUAUUCGCUUGAAGGCGCUGGGACCUCAGCAUAUUGAUGACGCAACGUCAUACGAUAACUUGGGUCUUGUACAAAGUCAGCGGGGUGACCAUAGGCAGGCAAAAGAUUUUCACGAGCGUGGCUUAGAUAUUCGCUUGAAAGGGCUAGGACCUCAGCAUGUCGAUGUUGCAACGUCGUACGAUAACUUGGGUCUUGUACACCGUCAGCUAGGUGACUUAAACCAGGCAACAGAUUGUCACGGGCGUGCCCUGGAUAUUCGCUGGAAAGCGCUAGGAUCUAACCAUGCUGAAUUCACAAAGUCAUACGAUAACCUGUGUCAUUUAUACCGUCAGCUUGAUGAUCUAAGGCUGGCAAAAGAUUUUCACGAGCCUGCUCUAGAUAUUCGCUAG